ACCCCUGGCCAACCAUGCGCCCCGCCAACGUCGUCAACCUCAAGGCAGGCAGCCCCGAGCUACGGCCAGCUUCCAACAUCCACUCCUUCAGCCCCAACAACCCUUUCGAGCUUUGCACAGGAUGGCUGAAGCUCCCAUUGUCCUCGAUGGCGGUACGGGUUUCCUCAAGGCGGGUUACGCCGGACAGAACUUCCCCGACCACCAGUUUCCCUCGAUAGUCGGCCGACCCAUCCUGCGAACCGAAGAGCGAGAUGGCGGUGACAUCCAGCUUAAAGACAUAAUGUGCGGUGACGAAGCAGCGGCAGCGCGCUCAAUGCUUCAGAUCACGUACCCUAUGGAGAAUGGUAUCGUCAAGCGAUGGGAUGACAUGCAACACGUCUGGGACUACACCUUCCACGACAAGAUGAAGCUCGACACUACAGGCCGCAAGAUCCUCCUCACCGAACCGCCAAUGAACCCGCUCAAGAACCGCGAGACCAUGUGCGAAGUCAUGUUCGAGCGCUACGGAUUUGGAGGUGUAUACGUGGCGAUCCAGGCCGUCUUAGCUCUAUACGCGCAGGGAUUGUCAUCUGGUGUAGUCGUCGACUCGGGAGAUGGUGUGACGCAUAUUGUUCCCGUAUACGAAAGCACCGUCCUCAAUCAUCUCACACGCCGUCUCGACGUCGCCGGACGCGACGUGACCCGCAACCUCAUCGCCCUCCUGCUACGGAGAGGAUACGCCCUCAACCGAACCGCCGAUUUCGAGACGGUCCGUCAGAUUAAGGAGAAGCUUUGCUACGUCUCAUACGACCUUGAGUUGGACCAGCGCCUUAGCGAAGACACAACCGUGCUGGUGGAAUCCUACACUCUACCUGAUGGUCGUGUCAUCCGGGUUGGCAGCGAGCGCUUUGAGGCUCCCGAAUGUCUGUUCCAGCCGCAUCUUGUGGACGUUGAGCAGCCCGGUAUCGCCGAGUUCCUGUUCAACACGAUCCAAGCGGCCGAUGUCGAUGUCAGGAGCAGUUUAUACCAGGCCAUCGUGCUCAGUGGUGGUAGCAGCAUGUACCCGGGCCUGCCAAGUCGGCUGGAGAAGGAGCUCAAGCAGCUGUGGCUCACCAAGGUCUUGGGCGGAAACCCGGAGCGACUUAACAAAUUCAAGGUCCGCAUCGAAGACCCGCCACGGCGAAGGCACAUGGUGUUCCUCGGUGGAGCCGUGCUCGCGCACAUCAUGGCCGACAAAGAGAACAUGUGGAUAUCAAAGGCGGAGUGGGAGGAGCAGGGCGCGAAGGCGCUGGAGAAGCUGGGCGCGAGAUGA